GAUUUUGCACUGUCGGAAAAACAUAAACAAAUGAAGAAGAAGUGAAACGAAUGUCCUUUGAAUUUUUAUGUCAGGUUUGUGAUGAUUCAGAAUGCCGAAAAGGAAAGUGACAUUUGAAGACGAUAAUGGAGACUUGGACCUGGAUGACGAUCCGCCGAGCAAAAAGAGUUUUCAGGUUAUCAGUGGACCAGGCUCCAGGUUCAAGGACAAACAUUCACUUGACAGUGAUGAAGAAGAUGAAGGUGAUGACAAGAACACCAGCAAAUACGACAUCCUGGCCAGCGAUGAUGUUGAGGGUCAAGAGGACGCAACGAUUGACUUUGACGAAGGAGUUUCUAUCACACCCUUCAACCUGGAAGAGGAGAUGCAGGAAGGACACUUUGACUCAGAGGGAAACUACUUCGUCAAAAAGGAACAACAGAUUCGAGAUAACUGGCUGGACAACAUUGACUGGGUGAAGAUAAAAGAAAAACCCUUUAAACAAAAGAAAAAAGGUCUUGGAGCCAAACGGAGACGCAGAGCAGGUGACGAGGAUGAGGCAGAAGAAGAAAAACAGAGAGAGGAGCAACAGGCCAACAAAGACAACAACAAUGAAGAGGAGGAGGAGGAGGAGGAAGAGGCAGAGCCUCCUGAGGAUCCGCUGGCAUUUUACACACAACAGGAGCUCACCAAAGCUGUCGUCGAACUGUUGCUACCCGGGGAGACGGUCACCUCAGCACUCCGUCGACUCGGAGGCCUCGAAGUACGGAAGAAAGGAAAGCUGAAGGGAGAGCGUGAACCCACAACAGAGGUGAAGAGAGAUACAGAAAAGCUUGAGAGGCUCACGGCUCUGGCUGACAGACUGGUUGCAUCUGGAAUGUUUGAGAUCUAUCAGCAAACGCAUGAAAAACUGGCGUAUUUGCUGAAGAGCAGAUGUCCAGCUGUAAAGGAGAAACCUCAGGGUGACGAUGAAGAUGAUGAACUUGACAUGUUUGCAGAUGAAUUAGAUGCAAAGUGUGGUGGCAAAUCACAGGACAAAGAGGAGGCCGACGAUAAGAGAGUGAGUGAUGAAGUGAUGUGGGAGUACAAAUGGGAAAAUAAGGAGAAUUCAGAAAUUUAUGGCCCCUUCAGCAGUCAGCAGAUGCAGGACUGGGUGGAUGAAGGCUAUUUCAGCAGUGGAGUUUACUGCAGGAGGGUGGACCAAGAAGGCGCUCAGUUCUACAACUCCAGGAGACUGGACUUUGAUCUCUAUACAUAAUUUAAGUCGAGCUUCAAGCAAAUCACAACCAGAAUGAUCACCAUCACAUUCAUGCUUCCUUUCUUCCCACAAUCAUCACUUUUGUCAUUUUAAAAGUAGCUUUGUUGUCUGCAUAUUGUUUUAAAUAAUUCCUAUAAUUGAGUUGUUUAUUUUGGCCAUUUUUUCCCCCCUGAAGAAAUAAAUCACAAUUUGGAUUUAUUGUAAUGCUCUUGACAAGAUGAUUAAAACUAGAUGUUUCGUACAUUCA